UUUUGAAUAUUUAAUUAAUUAUUUAUUUUGCAGAGAAAUAUCCUAUUUCAACAUGCUUGUAUAUAUUUAUUCUGUAAUUAUUUUAAAUUUCUAAAUUAAUUUUCAAAUGAAUAUUUGUAUUUAAAGCUUUUAAAACCUUAUCAUAUGAAAUUUUUAAUCAUUAAAAUUCUAUCUGAGUAUGUAUUCUCUUUACGGUCUUGUCCUCUCAACGCCAACUCGCAUUUUAUCGUAGUUAAAACCCUGCAUCUCUUUUAUAUUAUAUUCAUUAAUUGCAAGGGCCCUAAUUCAAUUUUUUACAAGCAAUAAAAGGAAUAAUUAUUUGUUGCUAAGAAAUGGAAAACCCUAAAAUUUAAUCAAUCAAAAUAGCUAGGCUUUCAGUUUCACACUCGAUAAACUUUUGGGGAACCUAGGUAUUUGAUAAAACUGUAAUAGUAAUAAAGGAGAAAGAAAUAGUAAAAAUAUAUUAUAAUAUGAUGUUUCACUAUAACUGAAAUUAUGGUAGAUUUUAUGCAUGCAUCAACAGGCAAAAUAUUGUGCCAUGGUAAUUUUGCAAGUUAGGUUGAAAAAGAAUGUUUUGUUUGUCUGGGAAAGAGAUUGUUCGAAAAUCGACUUCGAAUCUCGAAAUCGUUGUUUCGCGAAAGUUGUUCUUUAGUUACGCCUGGCUUUAUCGUUAAGGAACGUCAGAAUCAAACCACAGGACGUAGAUUUAUACUUCUGUAAUAAUUCUGUUGGUCGAAAGACUUUUAAAAGGAAUUGCAAAUGGAGGCUGUAUCUUCUGUCUCCCCAACAAAGAACAGUUCAAGCUUUUCUGGGAUGCUGCAAGCUUCUUCUGACUUUCUAUUGUCACAGGAGAAAAGGGUGGAUGAGCAAGAAAAUUUCACAUUUCCACAGCUAACACCGAGCUCUAUCCUGCAAGAAACUUUGCACAGCUUGGAUUCAAAGGUUCCGUUGAUUCCUGGUCUUGAUGAAGUUUUAAUGCUAAGCACAACAAAAAUAGGCACAAAAGUAAGAAAGUUUGCUUGGAGAUAUUUGUAUGCUGGACUUAUCUCUUUGCUUCAGCGGUUCCAAACUCCGGAUGAUGCAGAAUUUGAUCUAAGGACCCCCCAGUCACCUGGUCUAGAGUACAACAACCUACACGAUCCUCAUUUGAAAAAGUAUUUUCAGAAGCCCUAUGUGCGGGACAGCCUGACCAAACAAGGCCUUAUUACCAAGGAUGGUUUCGUCAAAUGUUCGACACGUGAGUUUAAUGAAUACAGACAAUGGAUUCGCCGUUUAAAACUGAAUAAGAUGGAUGCCGAGGCAAAGGAGAUACAAGAACUUGAGAGGCAGGAAAGACAACUAGAGGAUGAUGAGUCAGAUGUUCCUAGAAGGCAAAUGAGUGAGCAUGCCCUUGAAAUUCUUGAGGCGAACAAACAGAAGCGAUUUAUUGCCAAGAAGAAUUAUUUGCAGAGAAAAAGAAAAGAGAAAGAACAACGCAAGAGGUUAAUGAAACAUCUGGAGCAAGAAUUCAAAACCAAAGCUGAGUUGCGAGAAGAUCAGCAAGAUGUGAAGAGGAUGAAGUGCAAAAACCGGAAAACGGAGGAAGAAUUGAGAAGAUUAGAACACAAAAAGAAUGAGGAUAUUGUAAGCGCUAUUUAUCAUUAGAUAUAUUGUGACCGAUUUUGAGCAUGUAAAUUUUCGGAGGGAGGGGGGAUUUUACCUAUUUAUCCAUGUCCUAAGUCUUGUUUGGCUCUUCUAUUUUUUGGACAUUUGUGCAACUUCUCUGAGGAUAAUCUUAUCUUUGAGCAUGUUAAAGCGGCUCAAACCUCUGACUGCACACCUUCGGGUUUAUUUUAGAUCUGCCCUCGGUCUUGCUCGCAUUCAUAAAUUCUUUAAAUGCGAACUAGCUCUUUGGAGAAACUAAGCUUUCACAAAAUUUCUUUUGUUUCCUUUCAUCGUCCAGAUCGUCUAUAGUUUGAGGAAACUUUGACAUCAACUGUGCGUCGAAAGUUCUUUGUCAGCUUUGCUAUUAUUUCAAAUUUGACUUGCACUUCUUCCACAUUCAUCGCAUCUCUCAAUGUCCUGACUUUUCAAACUUUGCUAUGUAAUGACAGUUCUGUUGCUUUCUUUUCCAGUUUGAACUUUGCUUCUUUGAAUCCUUCUCAGUUUUUUUGUUCUGAACCGAAGCUUUUCUUUCCGGAUUCCUAAGAACAAGGCUCGAUCAGGGUUGAAGUUGCAUUGAAGAACAGUCAUUACCUGUCUCUUAUUUAUUGGGUCCCUAUAUCAAAUGCUUCAGCCUUUUUCAGCAAAAAGCAACAAGGAUUCAGACAUUAGCAGAAAAGGAUGAACAAUAUAAGAAGAGACAAAAAGAAAUCAAAGAUUACAGAAAGAUGGACCGGAAGAACAAAGAACGAAAGGCAAUCGAAAAAUGGAAACGGCGUCAAACGUACUGCUUUAAGAAGAUGGAAGAGAAGAAGGUGCAAAUUGAGAAGGAAAUGCAAGAACGGAGAGAAAGCAUGCUAAGGCGUAACGAUGCAUUCAACAGGGAACGGCAAAAAAGAGAAGAGCAACACGAGAAGUCAAUGCAACUCAGUCGUGAAUUGGCGUACGAUCAUUUGCAAAAAGCGAACAAAUUUAUUGAGAAGGCAGAGAAGAAAAAGGAGGCUGAAAUCAAGAGAUGGCGUGAAAAGAACUUGGCAAGAAUGUCCCCAAAGCUGCAUCCACAAAGACCAGAUGCUAUUGAGACAUCGAAGAGUAGAAAAUCUCGUGGAAAGGGGAAAAAAGGAAGCAUGUGGAAGAUUGAUAAUUGCUUGACAGCAAGUGAUUAUACUGACAGAAAACCUGGAAGAUCAUCAAAUAGCACUGCAGCUAAUAAACGGCCCAGCGAUAUGUUUGAUAAUGCAGCAAUUGUAAAGGUGCCUUUUAAUCUUCAAUUGUUACGUGGCUAUGCAUUUACUCUUGGUAGAUCAAUUAGAAAUUCUACUUCAGGCAAACUGCGCUCCGGUUUAGGCCCGUACUACUGUCUACAAUUUUGAUUCAUGCAUUCGAGCGCAAAGACAUAUUCAAUUGAAUAUUUUUGCAUACAUUAGACCUAUAACCAUAAGAUAUUGCCCUAUUAGUUUAACCUUUCUAAGUUACUGAAAUAUCAAAUUUUAAAGGUCAAUGUAGCACGUUUAUAUAUCUCAGUAUAAAUAGUCCAUCAUGUGACGAAUUACUGUGUUUACCGGUCCAUCAUUAAGUGCUCGAUGCCUGUCUUGGCAAAGAAAUACUCGCUUCGAUGUAUAAAACUGGACGAUUCUAAGUUGCUACUUCGAGUUUCACGCUCAAUACGAUCAUAAGACAACUAGCC